AUGAAAUCCCCCAAGAGGAAGACAUCGCCAAGAUCGAAAAGUAAAAGUAGUGAAAGAAAGAAAAAAUCGAGUAAAAAGUCAAGCUCGAGUGAACCAAAGGUAAGAGAGAAGGUAGAAGUUAAGGAACCUGCACCUCCUCCACCUCCCCCACCACCAAAGCCUCCGAAGCCCAGUCUAUUGUCCGACAUUAAACGUCAAAUCUACUACCCCUAUGUUAAUAAGGCAACUCUGAAACACAUAGAGCCUUUCUGGUCACCAACACAUCCCCUAUGCACGAGUUGGGGUGAAAUCUGGGUAUCUCAACGUCCAUAUCGCAAGAUACAACGGUACACGUACGAUUUAGAUUCAAAUAAACUACUUCCUCAGGGAGAUUCGAUCGUCACGAAAGGCGAGCCCAAAAUGAUGAUCGAAAUACCACCAACUGGACGAAUCGCAGUUAUGUUGAACUGUCCCACAGCAAAGUGUACUACUAUUGCCUUCUAUAAUCCGGAAAAUUAUGAACUCGAGCAUAAGAUUGAAUAUCCCUAUUAUGCCCAGGAUCCUAGCACUAUACCAUCUGUAGUUGAUUCAGAGACAAUGAAACCGUUACCUCGAAGUUAUAAUCUCGAAGAUGAAUCGACACCUUACGGCAUAUGCGCCAACAAUAAUACGAUAUGCAUUCUGUUCGAUCCUCUUAUGAAGAUGCAGCUCUUAGACUGCAAUAGCUACAAGUCUCAGAACUUCCAUAUCAGAAAUUAUUGUAUGGGCAAAACAUCUUGCAUGCAUUUAGCGCCAUCUGGCGGUUGCGCGAUGUCAGACAACAUGCUCUUCGUCGCAGCAACGCAUCCUAAUAGGAUUGAGGCCUUUAAGCUUCACUAUCAUAGAGUUCGCGGUUACGUGGACGUUAUUAAAGUUAUGCGUUAUGCUAGUUACGGUGUUGAUCGAUUCACACAUGGAGAACCCUUUGGAGUUCAAAUUGAUAGUUUGGGCCUUUUAGUUUCAAACGAUGGCUCCGCCGGAAUAUUCCACGUCUUCAAUAUAAACCAACGUCCUAGAGGACCAUGUCAAUCUUCUUUACCAAAUGCUGACACUCGUUACAUGGGAUCAUGGAAAAUUGAUCCUUAUCAAUGUGUAAGGUCGGGUUACUUUUCACUGGCAAAGAAUGGGAUCGCAGCGAUUGUGGAUAGGGACGAAAAUGCCCUUCAUAUUAUAGCUGAUCGAGAUAUACUGAGGCGGUAUAGAGACGCCUUAAGUUUUGAGCUGGAUUACGUGAAUCCAUCAUCAGACAUACCACAACCGUGCGAAUGUGCACUAGAGGACACUUGGCAACCUAUUCCUCCAGAACAACUUUUACCCGAGUCCUGGGUGAAGAAAUAUGGGCUUGGUGAUGGUAAAACACCAGAUCAAGAAGAGGAGGCAGGCAAAUCCAAAUCGUCUAAGGCUUCUAAAAAAAGUAAACGAAGCAAGAAGAGCUCCAGUAGGAGCAAAUCCUCUAGUCGAUCGAGGGGGAAGAAAAAGUAA